AUGUCUCCCCAACGACCCGUCAAAGUUCAAUCGGAGGACUCCUCCAUUUCAAAUCCCAGCUCGCAAGUUGAUCCCCAAAAGCUCAAAAAUAUGCUAUUUUUACCUGUCGAGCUUGUAGAUCAAAUUGUCGAGGAGGUUAUGAAGAAUGAGGGGAUGUACGCAGAGAUGGACACAAAGAUGCGUAACAGGACGCGUAAUCUGCCGGCCUUAAUUACCAGCUUAAGAUGUGGUGUCCACUCCCCAUGGCGUAGACAUUAUAUCGUUGCUCUUAGUACUUGCAAUAAAGACUUCAUCUAUUCGCUUCAUUUUGGCAAUAACUGGAAGCUGUUGAACAUGGACAGCGAAGAGCUUCAACUCGUCCGAAAUAUCGUCGUCAAAUUCGUACGUACAGAACAAUUGGUGAUUGCGCGAGCCACCCGACAUUUCAUAAUCCCAUCGCCAACGGCAUUAAAUGCCUCCUUGAACGAUUUUCCCAAUGUUCGUUCUGUACAGCUCGAAUUCAAGAGUCUUGGAGGAACCAACGCCGGAGCAGUUUCGGUUAUGUUCAGGCGCGUAAAGAUCUUCCUGGAUGACCACAAAGAUUCCCAUCAUUUCAAGUUACAAACUGCCACAAUUGAGUCUUCGGGCAACAGAGAAGUUGACCAGCGAGAAAGCGUGCGAGGCUGGCAACCGAGCUGGCAACCGAGCUGGCAAGGUCUUGGGUGGGGAUUCAAGCGGAUCUUGAUACCAGAGGUCACAGCGUUGGCGGGCCAUGAAGUUGGUUUUGUGUUUGCCGAUGAGAAUAUCUGGAAAUUGGAAGGUGUUGAAAAACAGAGCAUUGACGCCCGAAACACUCUGAGUCUGAGCAUGGAUACGCUUGCAGAUUCCUAUAUAUCAACUGGACCUUCCUGUCUAUUGUGCAGUUGUACAUGGACCUGGGUGUUUGAAAAAGAAAUACAGCAAUAG